AUGGGUGUGCGCCUCAGCGACAUGCUCAUCUCACCAUCUCAUCUCAAACACUCGUUCGAGAUCAUCGUGAACAACUUCCUCCUCCUUCUCGCCACACCGACCAUGGCCCUCAUCCUUCUUCGCAAAGCCGCGCAGCUCGGACCCGACGAGAUCCUCUCCCACCUCCAUGGCCUACGGCAGGUUCACGCUUUCCUGGCGGUCUUUCUUCCGUUCGCCUUCGCCACCCUCUACCUCAUGAGUCGCCCUCGCAGCGUCUACCUCGUCGACUACUCUUGCUGCCGGCCUGAAUCCAGUUGCCGCGUAUCCAUGGCCUCCUGCACCGAGAACGCUCGCUUCUCGCUCGACGAUGGCGGUCACCGGUUCAUGGCACGCAUGCUCAAGCGCUCGGGCCUCGGUGACCAAACCUAUGCCCACCCUUCGUUGCACUACAUCCCACCGCACUGCUACCUAGGUGAAUGCCGAGACGAAGCCGAGCAGGUCAUCUUUGCGGUCGUCGAUGACCUGUUCGCCAAGACGGGCGUAAGCCCUGAGGCGAUCGACAUACUCGUCACCAACUGCACUGCCUUCAACCCGACCCCGAGCUUGGCCGACAUGGUCGUGAACAAGUACAAGCUCAGAGCCGACAUCCGUAGCGUGCACAUCUCCGGCAUGGGGUGCAGCGCCGGGGUGAUCUCCUUGGAGGUCGCGAGGAACCUCCUGCAGGCGGCGCCGCGUGGCGCGCAUGCUCUGAUGGUGUCCACGGAGAACACCUCGCUCAUCAACUACACGGGGAAGAACCGCGCGAUGCUGCUGCCCGCCGCGCUGUUCCGCAUGGGCGCGGCGGCGGUGCUGCUGUCGACGUCCAGGUCCGAGUCCCGGUUCCGGCUCACGCACAUCGUGCGGACGACCACCGCCGCGCAAGACAGGGCUUACCGGUGCGCGUACCAGGAGGAGGACGACAUGGGGAAAAUGGGGGUAAACCUGUCCAAGGAGCUCGUGGCCGUCGCCGGCGACACGCUUCAGGCGAACAUCGUCGGAAUAGGGUCCCUGGUGCUCCCACCAUCGGAGAAGCUGCUCUUCGCGCUCUCGUUCGUCGCGCGGAAGGUGCUGGGCAAGAAGAUCAAGCUAUACGUCCCGGAUUUCCGCACGGCCUUCCAGCACUUUUGCAUCCAUUGUGGUGGCCGGGCGGUGAUCGACGCGGUGCAAAAUAGCUUGCGCUUAUCGGAUGAGAAUGUGGAGCCUUCACGGGUGACGCUGCACCGGUUCGGGAACACGUCGAGCAGUUCCUUGUGGUACGAGCUUGCGUACAUCGAGGCCAAGGGACGGAUGCGCAGGGGCGACCAGGUGUGGAUGAUCGGGUUCGGGUCUGGGUUCAAGUGCAACAGCGCCGUGUGGCAGUGCAUCCGGUCGCCCGGCAACGGUGACACAGAUAUUGGCACGCCGUGGGCUGAUUCUAUCCAUAUGUAUCCGCUGAAAAUCUCGGAAGUAAGCUAAAACGGCUAUGCACGCACGGGUCACUACUCAAUUUCGUAAAAUUUGAGGGGAAAAAACACCACUCAACUCGUACAAUGAUAUUAUUCAUUUGUUCGUGCAACAAUGACCAAU